AUGCAAUCCAUUCUCGAUUAACCAAACCAAAUGGUUCAAUGAGUGAGCGAACUGCACACGAGUGAAGUGACGAAAAGGAAUAAGGUUUCGUGAAACAAAAACAAAACAAGGCGGCUAGUGUAAAACCUAAGGACACAAUGACAGAAGAAACUGGUGAUAUGUUAUUUGACCCAACUAUGAAGAAAAAGAAGAAGAAGAAGGCACCGAUCAACGUUGAGGAACUGGAUGCGAUGAACGAAUCAUCAGCUGCUGAUACAACUCAGCCAGCGGAAACGAAAAACGAAGAGAUACCAGCAGAAAGUACUGAAAAGGAAAAAACCAAAACAGAGAAAGUGACCAUAGCUGACGAUCUAGAUGACUUUUCAAGUUUUAAAAAGAAAAAGAAAAAGAAAAGAGGGCCAGCAUUGGAUAUGAGUGCAGUGGGAGACGCCUUACCAACAGAUGACACAGAAUCAAAAGGUGAAAACAAAGAAAACGAGUCAGUUGAAGAUGACAACAGAGAAUAUACAUAUGAUGAGUUGCUGAAGAGAGUGUUCGACAUAAUGCGCGCCAAAAACCCCAACAUGGUUGAAGGUGGCAAACGCAAAUUCGUUAUGAAACCUCCACAAGUGGUGCGGGUUGGCACCAAGAAAACAUCCUUUGUAAACUUCACCGACAUAUGCAAAAUCUUGCACAGACAGCCAAAACAUCUUUUAGCGUUCUUGCUAGCAGAGUUGGGCACCAGUGGUACAGUGGAUGGUACGAAUCAGUUAAUUAUAAAGGGAAAAUUUCAACAGAAACACAUCGAAAAUGUUUUAAAAAGAUAUAUAAAGGAAUACGUCACUUGUCACACUUGCCGGUCACCGGAAACUAUACUUCACAAAGAAACGCGUUUGUUUUUUCUACAAUGCGAAACGUGCGGCUCGAGGUGUUCAGUGCAAAGUAUUAAAUCUGGUUUCCAGGCUGUCACAACUAAGAGAGCUCAACUGAAGAACAAACAACAAUAAAAACAAUAUACAGGAGUUUCUCCAUGAAUUUCGCGCCGAGAUGUGGUACACGAACUACAAAUCGCUAGUAGUAAUAUACGAUGGUAAAGAUAUAAUGUAUCAAUAAAUUUUUUGUUGAUAAAAUGAAGAUACAUCUUU